CCAGUGCAACCCCGCCAGCCAAGACCACCACGCCGCAUCCAUGCUCAUUGCCCUAACCAACUUGCUCAAAGGGCUCCUGGCAGUCAGGAUCGACCUGGUGGAGCUAGAGUGUCUGUUGUCGUCGGCCAUCAACGACCUCAAGAAUAUUUGGGAGAACAACCUGCAAUGGGCCCUGAUCUGGAACAGCAUGGGAAACAUACACCAGACAGUGGGCAACGUGGGCGCGGCGGUGACGUGCUACGCCAAAGCGCUCUGCAUCCGGGAGUCUUCCCUUGGUGCAGAGAAUACGGAUACGCUGGCCUCUAG